GUCCGAAGUCCCAACUCCCAAAAACCUAAGGAAAGAAUUUAUAACACGCAGAGUCACUUUACUUUCCUUCUCCCCUCACUCCCAUUUUCUUACCACCGCACCACCGCGCUACAGAGACAUAGAGAGAGAGAAUGGCGACGGCGGCGAAUCUGGAGGAUGUACCCUCGGUGGAUCUCAUGACGGAGCUUCUCCGCCGUAUGAAGUGCUCGACCAAGCCUGAUAAACGCCUCAUCCUCGUUGGUCCACCAGGAUCAGGGAAAGGUACUCAGUCACCAAUAAUAAAGGAUGAAUUUUGUUUAUGCCAUCUGGCUACAGGUGAUAUGUUACGAGCUGCUGUUGCUGCCAAGACUCCUCUUGGGGUUAAGGCCAAAGAAGCCAUGGAAAAGGGAGAACUUGUUUCUGAUGAUUUGGUUGUCGGGAUAAUAGAUGAUGCAUUGAACAGGCCUUCCUGUCAGAAAGGUUUUAUUCUUGAUGGCUUUCCAAGGACAGUUGUCCAAGCACAAAAGCUUGAUGAGAUGCUUGACAAACGUGGAGUUAAGGUUGACAAGGUUCUGAACUUUGCAAUUGAUGAUACUAUCUUGGAGGAGAGAAUUACUGGUCGUUGGAUUCACCCUUCAAGUGGUCGUACCUACCACACAAAAUUUGCACCUCCUAAAGUUCCUGGUGUUGAUGAUGUAACUGGAGAGCCGUUGAUUCAACGUAAGGAUGAUACAGCAGCUGUUCUCAAGUCCAGGCUUGAAGCUUUCCACAAGCAGACUGAACCCGUUAUUGACUACUAUAAGAAGAAGGGCAUUGUUGCAAACCUUCCUGCAGAAAAACCUCCUCAAGAGGUAACAUCAGAGGUUAAGAAGGUGCUCUCCUGAUUGAAGGACAGCCAGUUUUUGGUCCACUGAUCAGUAAACAUACUGAACCUCCAACUUUUGGUCAUUGUAUUGCGAUACAUUGUUUUAAUACACAUGAGAUGCUCUAGGACGAUUUGUUAUGCGGAAUCGAAUCACCAAUAAUUGUGUUCAACUCUUUUUGAGGAAGCUAAAAUUUUUCUUUCUUGUUUGUGUUCUUGAAACUCUUCACUGCAAAGAUUGGAAGGAAAUGAGGGGUCCGCUCAUCAUCUUCAUUUCACAUAAUCAAAAUUCGAAAUGGUUCCAUGA